UGCCAACAGUCCGCGCUCCGCGUCCCGCGAUCCCCGCCCGCGCAGCUCCUUGAUUUCCGAUCGAUUCCAACAAAUCAUGCCUCCAUGACCCUUCCUUCUUCUUUCUCUAGGCUCCAGACCGAGAACGAGAAGAGAUCGAAGAGUGGAUAUGCAACAACCUUGUGCGGCCGCUCCUCCCUUCACCUCCUCCCGUGCGCUUCCCCCGAUCCACCCCGAGUCGACCGCGCCUCCGGUCGUCGCCCGCACUCCUGCAAGUGGCCGCCGGCCUCCUUUGCUGGUCUGCCGUGCCCAGCGCCCUCCCCCUCCCAUCUCUUCUCCUCUCCGCCCCCGCGGGUCGCUUCGCUUGUAGUACGUGUGUGCGUGCUUGCGCUUGGUGAGAGGGAGAUGGCGGCGGAGUCCAGGCUGACCUCGAUGCUGCUCAGGCGGGGUAUGGUGGCCGGGCCGGCCAGGCCAUACUACGGAGGCCGCGGUGGUGGACCAGGUGACGGCAAUCCCGAUGGCUGCGCUGGCCGUGGUCGCGGUCUCGCGGAUACUACAAAGGACAGGGAGGCGGUGCCGCCGGCGGUGGUCGUGGCCGUGGUUACUACCAACGAGAUGGCGGUGGUCGUCGGUACUACCAGGGAGGCCUACCAGUGAGGCGGUGCCGGCGGCGGCGAUCGUGGUCAUGGUUACUACCAACGAGAUGGCGGUGGCCGUGGGUACUACCAAGGAGGCCGCAAAAACCUGUACACUGCCGGCGAGCUGCCGUUCAACACCAAGGAGUUCGAGGUCACCUUACCUGACAACAAGCCAGGUCCAUCUGGGCAAAUCAAGGAGGGAGAGGAAGUUCAAGGUGACCAUCAAGCACGCCACCCUGGUCAGCCUGCAUCAGCUGCAGGUACUCAUGGUCGUAAUCUCCACGGACAUACCGGCGCUGGCGCUGUACUCGUCAUCAUCUUUGCCAAAUGCAGAAUUCUUUACUUUCCUGGUGGCUGAUUUCUUCAAGUGGAGACCAAGUGAACCAUUUGACCUUAUUUUUUAUUAUACGUUCGUGUCAAUUUAUCUUGCUUAUUUGUCAUCCUGGAGGCAGUUUAGAUCACCUUUAUUAAUUAUCACAGGUUCUUUUGUGCACUUGAUCCGGGAUUGAGGCUGGCUUGGGCAGAGACAGUUAGAUGGAGACCUUAUCACCUUGAUAUAUUUAGUGAGAACAGAAUCUCUUAUGCUUCUUGUUUAUUUUUGCAUUGGAGCUGUUAUUCUACUUAUCAUAUGAUAUUAUGAUAUAUACUAAACUGAACUCUAAAGAUGUGAA